AUGUCGAACAUUUUUACCAGAACGAGGAUAAUUAUAAAUAGUCGGGCGAUUUUCAAUAAACAUAAAGAAAUUGGACGAAAAUGUUUAUAUAAUACCCUAGAAUCGAGUGGACGAAAUGACUCGUUUAGUUCACAAAGAUUUGCCAAAGAACGAUUGCAAAACAAUCGAUCAUGGAGCCGUAGAAGUAGUGAAGACGAAAGAGUAGACUGGGAGAAUGAGGGUGAGGAUUACCGAAAAAAAAGCACCCGUAGCAACAGCGACGAUAGAUGGGGUCAAUUAUCAGUUCAAGGAGAUUUUGAGAGAGGAUAUGAAAGAAAAAAACGGGCCUGGGUAAAUAAUGAUUAUUCGAUGGAGGUUUAUCGUGACAACAGUCUCAAAUCAACUGAUAAAGACUCGGUUGGGAUGAUGAAUUCUGACUUUGGUGACGUGGGUAGCUCUUUGCCGCAAAAGGUAAAGAGGAAAAAGAAGGAGAAACCACCGCCGCCACCGAGCAUCGAAGUUCCAGGUUUCGUAAGAAUUUCAGGAGCUAGGCAGAAUAUGGUCGUUUACUUUGAAGAAUUAAGGCGUGAAAGUUCAAAAAGGAACAAGUUUCGAUCGUUGUUAAUACACGGAUGCAAACACAUUCAGAGUAUGAUCAAACAGGGAAUUGACAUCAAGAGUAUUGGAAUUACCACGGCAGAGGGUAUAAAGUCACUUGACGGACUCAUGGGUGGAUCUCGGGAGAUCUUCAAUAAUAAAGAAAAAUUUCCGGCAGAACGUUACUAUGUAACUGACCUAGAAUGGACGCGCAAGAUUUUGGGCAGCGGUGCCCGUGUGGAUGCACGUGAGGCAUGGGCCGAACUGCCAUUCCCAAAUAUUCCGUUUCCGUCAGAUAUAAAAAAGUUAUUGGUGUUGGAUCAUAUCGCAGAUCCGGUGGACAUGGGAAUGUUGAUACGCUCCGCCAAAGCUUUACGCUGGGAUGCUAGCUACUUGAUUGCCGGCACAGUUGACUUGUAUAAUGAGACAGUCAUUCGAACAUCACGAUGUGAAUCAGUGACGUGGCCAUCAAAAACCGGAUUCUGGCAUGACGCAUAUGAACUAGCGAAGGAACACAACCUAACCUUAGUGAUGGCCGACAUGUUACCUCGGGGAAAGGCGUUGGCAAAGAGUUCGACUGGACUUUGCUUUUGGGAUCCAAUGACAGAAGAGGUGAUCAAUGAAUUGCCAUCACGCAUAGCACUUAUACUUGGUAGCAAGCUGCACGGGGUCACUUAUCGAGACGUGAGGAGUGGCAUAAUGCGUGUUUCAAUCCCAAUGCAUGAUGGUGUAAGUUCAUUGAACGUUGGGAUGGCGGGCAAUAUUCUUAUGCACGAACUCAAUCGUCUGAUGGACACCGGUACUAAGGCCAUCGUUGAUACAAAUAAUUAG